CCAGACUCAGCCCGAGUCCAUACGACUGCAUUCAAGCAAUUUCAAUAAAAUUGACGAAUGAUUGAAAGAUCAUAAUUACGAUGAACAAAGAUUUUCAACAAGUCAAGACUCAACAACCUUCUACCCAAUUGCAAGCCCUUCAUUUGUUAUUUCUGACCUGCUUUACGAACAAGUCUCCUAUCAAUUCUCCAUUUAUCAGCAAUCUUUCUCCGUUAAAAAGGGUACUCCCAUCCUCCCAUCUGCCAGGACUUUGGAGAAUUUCCUAGCCAUGGAUUCCAUGCACAGCCAGAGCAGCGCAAAUGAACUGUUGCAAGCUCAAGUUCAUUUGUAUCAUCACAUAUUUAAAUACAUAAAUUCUAUGUCACUCAAGUGUGCAGUUCAGCUACGCAUACCAGACAUAAUUCACAGCCAUGGCAAACCAAUCACCCUUUCUGAGCUCGUCUCAUCACUUCACAUCCACCCAACCAAAAUCAGUUUGGUCCACCGGUUCAUGCGCAUGCUGGUGUUCUCUGGCUUCUUUUCCACCACCAAAGUUCGUAAUCCUCAAGAAGAAGAACAAGAAGCUUAUGAUUUAACACCAUAUUCAAAGCUACUUGUCAAAGAUCACCCUUAUUGCUUGACACCCUUUGUUGAUUCAUUGCUUAAGCCAGAUUUUUUGACUCCUGGGUAUUUCUUGGGAGAUUGGUUUCGAGGCAACGAGGUUACAAUAUUUGAGAAAGCACAUGGAAUGGCAUUUUGGGAAUACAAUGAUAGAAACCCUGAAUUUAACAAGCUUUUUAAUGAAGCAAUGGCCAGUGAUUCUCAGAUGAUGAACUUGGUCAUUAGAGACUGCAAGUCAAUUUUUGAAGGGGUGAAUUCAUUAGUAGAUGUCGGAGGUGGUAAUGGAUCACUUGCCAGGAUAAUAUCAGAGGCAUUCCCUCAUAUGAAAUGCACUGUUCUUGAAAUUCCUCAGGUCAUUGCCAAUUUAGAAGACACCAAGAACUUGAAUUAUGUUGGAGGUGAUAUGUUUCAGCACAUUCCUUCUGCAGAUGCCAUCAUUCUUAAGUUAAUUUUGCACGGUUGGAGCGAUGAGGAAUGCCUGAAAAUACUGAAGAAAUGCAAAGAAGCCAUUUCAAGAAAAGGGGAAGGAGGAAAGGUGAUCAUCAUAGACUUGGUGAUAAAUGAGAAGAAAGAUGAACAUGAAUUAACAGAAACAAAGCUACUGUUUGACAUGCUGAUGAUGUACGUGAGUAGAGGAAAAGAAAGAACAGAGAAAGAAUGGGAAGAUCUAUUCUUGAAGGCCGGUUUCGGUCGUUACAAGAUAACACCUGUACUUGGUUUAAGGUCUCUAAUUGAGGUUUAUCCUUGAAAGUGAAGAAAUUAUGUAUCACAAUCUGAUCAGAUUGUUGAAUAAAUUUUAUCCCCUUGUUGAGGCAAAGCUUGUAUUGUUCUUGAAAUUUUCUUUCUCCGAGUAAUCAAGAAUAAAAUAUCAAUUUACUUUGAA